GACAGGAUAAAGAAGGAGGACACACACUGAUAAAGACAGAGAAUGUACUGCUUGUGGACAAGGCCUGGUUGCUAGACAGAUAAGAGGGAUUUGGAGGAGCAGCAGCAGGGGCAAGGCUUUCUUCAUAUUCAUGCAAAAACUGAAAGAGAUCUCAUGGUGUGAACUCCAAGUUGAUAUUUAGCAGUCAGUGUACCACCCUCCUUCAGACUGAGAUAUGACUUGUAAGUGGUCAGGUCACAUCCCACUUACACUGUACACCAUCUAACCUGCUGCCAUUCCAAAAAACAGGAGCCAAGCUUUGAAUAAUGAAGACAUUUGCAAAUAUUUUCUUGGGACUUUUUAUACUUAAAGCAGCAGCAGCUGCUCCUCCAACGGAUUCCAUUAACUAUGACACAGAUACAUAUGAAGUGGAUCUAUAUAGCAAUUACGACUAUGAUGAAAACAGUAAUAUUGACCAAGGAGAGAUAGAAAUUGGAACUGUACUGCCUAUUGUGAAUAGACCCAUUCUAUCUCCAGAACCAGUUCAAGAAGAAAUAGAAGAAGAGGAGGAAUCUACACCAAAGCUGAUUGAUGGAUCUUCACCACAGGGGCCCUUGUCUCCUGGAGUCCAAACUCCGGAAGCAAGUGGAGGAAUCUCAACUUGUAUCCUCUGUGCAUGCAUUCGCACCACUGUUUACUGCGAUGACCACAACCUCGAUUCAGUUCCACAACUUCCUAAAGACACUACACACGUCUACCUACGUUUUAACAAGAUAAGCAAGAUAAACAAGAAUGAUUUUUCAUACUUAAGCAAAUUACAGAAGAUUGAUCUGACAUCAAAUAUCAUAUCAGAAAUUGAUGAAGAUGCAUUCAGAAGCUUGCCACAGCUUAAUGAGCUAUCACUUUUGGAUAACAGGAUAAGACAGCUUCCAGAACUGCCAAAUUCUCUGAACUUCCUUGACGUUAGCAAGAAUAGACUUGGGCGCAAAGGAAUUAAACAGGAGGCAUUCAAAGACCUGAAAGAUCUUCAUAUCUUGUACUUAAAUGACAACAGCUUAGACCAUAUCCCAAUACCUCUUCCUGAUUCAUUGCAGGCUCUUCAUCUUCAGGAUAACAACAUUCAGGAAAUGCAUGAAGAUACCUUCUGUAAAAUGAAAGAUUUCUCAUAUGCCAGAAGAUCUCUUGAAGACGUCAGGCUAGAUGGAAAUCCUAUUAACCUGAGUAGGACACCCCAGGCCUUUAUGUGUCUACCUCGUAUACCAGUUGGCAGACUGGUUUAAGUCAGAAGGCCACACAUUAACUCCAUAAAUCACCCACAAAUAAGAUAUAUACAUGGCUUAUUAAAACACAUAAAUACUACAGUAUGUAACUUCCAAUGACAGUUUCUACUGUGUUUUCCCUAAAUAAAAUGCAAUCUUAAAGAAGUUUGACAUUAAAUAUACUAAAAACUGGAAAAUAAUAUGCUGACAAAUGUACAUAAUGUACUCUCUUCUGAUCAACUAACAUUGUAACUAAAGUACGUAAUCUUGAAUUUGUCUAUUUUUUGGUAUUUGCUACCUAAUAGUUUCAAGCUAAAUUACUUCAUUUCAAGUGGAGUAUAUGUGAAAUGUGUUACAG